GCCUGCCUCUCUCCGUCGCCGCUGUGGGUUGUGCAUUCCCUUCACUCGGGGAGCAUUACGCGUCACAGGACUAUAGAGCGAGGUCCCCGCACUUUUCCACCCCCAAGCCGUGAACUAUUUCAGGCUCUCAUCCAUCCCGCAUUGUUUUGGACCUACAUUUAUCCCGCGUUUAUUCACAGCAGAAGUCUGGACCACUCGACUUGUUUUCUUCUCUCUUUUUGGAUCUAUCGCUCCCGAGACGCGCUUUUAAGAUGCAUGUGGGGCGCAAAUCGUCUUGGAGGCAGCUGCAGGCUUCUUUUUUCAGACUGCUCUGUCUUAUCCCCACAGGAUUCCCCGUCCGGAGUGUGGAUAUGCAGCGGGCCACCGACAACAUCACCAUCCGCCAGGGCGACACGGCGAUUAUAAGGUGUUAUGUUGAUGACAAAGUCUCCAAGGUGGCCUGGCUCAAUCGAUCCAACAUUAUUUUUGCUGGUGAGGACAAAUGGUCCCUGGACCCCAGAGUAGGCCUGGUGACUAAAGGCCAACUGGAGUACAGCCUACGCAUACAAAAGGUGGAUGUGUACGAUGAAGGGUCAUAUACCUGUUCCAUACAAACCAAGCAGCAGCCUAAGACCUCACAGGUUUACCUCAUUGUGCAAGUUCCAGCUACAAUCUACAAGGUGUCAGAAGACAUCAUUGUAAAUGAGGGCAGUAAUGUGACACUCAGCUGUUUGGCAAGUGGCAGGCCGGACCCUCUAAUCACCUGGCGGCUGCUCAACCCCUCAGCCGAGCCACUGGAUGGAGAGGAGUACCUGGACAUUAUAGGCAUCAUGAGAAACCAAGCAGGUCGUUAUGAAUGCAAAGCCAGCAACGAUGUCGCCACACCUGAUGUCAAAUAUGUCAAUGUUGUUGUCAACUAUCCUCCAUCAAUAAGGAAAACCCAGAGCUCAGAGCCUCCGGUGGGCCGCCUGGGAACCCUGCAGUGUGAGGCUGCCGCCGUGCCCACACCAGAAUUUGAAUGGUACAGAGAUGACAAAAGGCUGUCUAAUACUCAAGGCAUCAAUAUCCAGAUUCUUGGUGGUAACACUAUCCUCAUGAUUGCCAAUGUCACUGAAGAAGAUUAUGGGAACUACACCUGUGUGGCCUCAAACCGUCUGGGUGCUCAGACUGCCAGCGUUUUCCUCUAUAGACCUGGGACAGGUCGAGACAUCAAUGGUUCUGCUUGUGCAUCUCUAUCACUGUGGCUCCUGUUGGCCUCCUUCGCCUGCCUUUUCUUCAAGUGUUAAUACCAUCAUCCGGCUCUCUCGCUGACUCCCCUCCCCCUGUCCGCACAACCCUCCUCACCCUACUUUCCCGUCCUCCCGCUCUUCAACUCAAUGACAUCCUUUUCGCUACCUUAUUACCAACGCUGCCGCCUCCCUCCCGCAGACUGUUUGCAUCACAGUACAAAAACCUUACGUGCUCUUGAGCAUUCUUGAGCAUGGCUUAGAGAUGAGAAGCAAUGAGUUAUGAUGGAGUAUGAUGUUUUACCAACAAAUAAAAACAGUGGAAUGAAGGACAAAACAAGCAAACAGUGCUCUUACAAAGAUUUGUGAUGUUGUUUUUAAUUUGUGUGCACUAUUUUGUGUCUGUAACACAUUGUUUUUGGGUCUGGAUUUGGAUCCCCCUCCUCUGGCCCCUUCCCCCUCUUUAUUUUUCAUGGGGAUAAAAGCAGAAGGAUCCCAUAAACUGGGAUACCAACAAUCAGCUCUUUUGAGUACAUCUAAGAUCUAUUAUGUUAUUGUGUGUUUAACCCAUUAAAAAGCAACAUGCAAAAUAUCUGCCAAAUAUACACAAAUAUUUGAAGCUGAAGUGCAAAACUGAAAGGGAAAAACUAAUGUAUCUGAUUUUUUUGUUUUUUGAGGUGGGGGGGUUUUGACGAAAUGAGAUUUUUGUCUUGAAUGUGUUCAACCAUGACAUGAGGCGACUCAGCUGGAACACAGGUGCAGAGCCUUAGCAGGACAGUUCUUCACUCAGAAACAUUUGGACUAUGGCAGGCAAUCUUAGAGAGGAGGAUGCAGUGAGUGACUCCUUCCGAGCUAAACCAUCCUUUACGUACUCAUCCAGUGGCUUUGCUACUACCCGCCUUUAUUAAAAAAGAAAAAGAAGAACUGACAAAAAAAUAUACCCAUGUAGGUUAUAAUUAUGCGUACUGUACAUAGUUCAAUUUUGUAUCUCUCUAAAACAAGUUCUGCCACUGUAACAUCAGGAUUUCAGAGAACAUUGUUGCAGUGUGUACUUUUAGCUGAGGUAUUUUAGGAUCAUUCUGCUAGACAGUGGGGAUUUGGAGAAAAAAAUAUAUACGUAUGACACCAAUGAAUGACUUUUAAGUUUUUCUCUUUCUCAAAGAGUGUUUGUUUUACUAUAACAUGGUACACAAAUAUUCAUGAUGAUAUAUGAUGUUCAUGCUAUUUUUUUUCCAUCCUUGUCUCACUCAUUUUUACAGCACACUUCAACCAAAAUACCUUAUGUACAAUACCAUCCACAUUUAUUGGCACCUCCGAUAAAGAUGAAUAAACUGCCUUAAAAUAAAUUUAUUGUAGCAACCUAAUCUCAUAAAUAAUAAUACUGAGUAUGUUUAUGCAUAGUGGAUAAAAGUACCAUGUUAAGGAAAGUGUUUCUUUUCACUACGAGACUUGUGGCACACAUGUUGGUACAACUUUGUAGAAUCCCAUUUUCCCAGUACAAUAAGUAAAACUCAAUCUCUUAUAAAAGAUUACAAGGAUGGACUGGGCUGGCUAUGAAAGAAGCUUUUGAAGUUUAUGAUGAUCUUUGAUACAGUUCUCCAGCAAUUACCUUUGAAGAAUUUUUAUAGCACAGUACUAAAAACCAAAAACAUGUUAAGGUGAUAAAUUUGCUUAUGUUUAAAAGAUCUAAGCAGCAACUACGUCUUCUGCUGCGGAAAAAGUGCUAAUAAAUUCAACAUAUUAAGUAUUUCCAAAAACGCUGUCUUGUAAAUGUGCCCUUUCUGUAGUCGACUGAUUGGCAGUGUGCAGCAAAAGGCCGUGGAGGAGCAGCACUGUGCUACUUUACUCUGUCCCAUGAAACUCCAGACUCUUUGGGUUAGGGUUAUCUAUCUUUAGACAUAGAACCAUUUAAUGGUUUUGAGCCACUGUUUUUUUGUACCAGUAACUAAGAAAUCAUUUAUUAUGAUUAAGAAAUUUCUAUAAACUCUGAUUAUGAAUGGAGUUUUAAGGAAACCUUCAGUUGCAUUUACUUUGCAGGAAUUUCUAAGAGUGUUAAUUUUAUUAUCAAUAAUUAUUUCUUAAAACAGUAUUUUCCUCCACGGAAUGUACUCCAGUGCUAAAUAUUUUAGUGAGACAAAAUGAUAGUGAAAUAAAGGAUGAAUUUAUUUAAAGGCAACAACUUUAGCGCUGGUGCACUGUAUAAAAAGAUAAAUUUGAUGUUUCUUUAUAGGAUAGCAUCUUAUUGAGGCUUGUAGGUCUUUUAAACUGGCAGGCAUACAGUCUUGAUCGAAGCCCGUUGGAUAGGAAUAUAAUAAGGCAAAGUUAUGCAUUAAAAGCAGACAGUUCUGUGCCGUUGUUGUUGUUGUACUUAUUCUUGAGUUGACAUUUUUGUAAGAAUGUAGUAUUAUGGUUAGCUUGCAAUGCUCAUUCAAAUGCCUGGACUUCAGCACGAGAACAGAAUAUUAACAAACACUGGACAUGACUCCUCUCAAUCGCCAAGCAAAAAAGUGAUUAAAUUUAACUGCAGCAAAUCACCAAGUUCUUUGCCAAAGCUGUCACAGAAUUUAUUUCUGUAAGAACUAAUGAGUAAAUGUCUGUAGGUUUUACUUUACUCACUUAUAGAGUGCAGUUCAGGGGUGCAGCUGUGUGGCUUACUGAACCUGCUGCACUAUUAGCUGCCUUUUUACCAUUUUCUUUGACCUACUGUAAAGCUGAUUGAUUGUGCAAUCCUUUGCUUAGCGCAACACUAUCAAUUCUCGCUUAUCUGAAAACAAACAUUUAAUUAUUGUCAUUUUCACCAUGUAUUUAAAGACUUGUUUCAGUGUUUCCAUGGUGAUUGCCUCUGAGGUUGCAGCUGUUUGUGUUAGUGAUGUUGAACUUAAAAUCUAGAAUGCUUUUACUUGAAGUGCUGUUUUGGUCACACCAAAUCCAAUAUCACAUUUCUGACUCUUGCAGGUGUUAAGGACUGCUUAUUUUAUGCUUUCACCUUCUUGCACAUUUUUUUCAUUAGUUCUUUUUUUUUUUUGUAUGCAUUUAUACCCGGUGUGUUUUAUUUUUUUGCAGCAUACAUUAAGCACAGCAGUAUAGUUUUGUUAGUGUGGAAUAGAUCUUAGCAGGUCAGUUUACCUGAGGGAAAUGUUGAUUCCUCCUGCUCCGUCUCACUGUCUUUUUAUGUAAAAUAAGGGCAGAACAGAGCAUGACUGACCUGAAGCAGAUGAACAAAUGUGGAUGUUUUGUUGUUUUUUUUUUGUUUGUUUUUUUUUUUGCUUCCUGGCUUUUCAGUUAAGUUGAGGAGACUAAGACAGAUAACCAAGGUAUUAAAAAACUUCUUACUGCCUCAAGCCUUCAUUUUAGCAUUUGUAUGCAUGAUCUCUGCUUAAUAGCAAAACCUUUAAGGGAACUCUGAUUAAUGGAUUUUAAGUUGAUUUAUAGACUAUCUUUGUACCAUUCAGGUUGUUCAAGUGCAUGAGGCUAAGCUCAGCAGUGUGGGUGCUCAAGCACAUUCAUGCAGGUUAAAGCCAGCUACAUAGCACUGACUUACAGCGCCUUGCAAAUAUAUUCAUACCAUUUGAACUUUUACACACAUGUUGUCAUAUUAUAGCCAUAAACUUUAAUGUGUUUCAUUUGAAUUUUAAGUGGAAUUUCGGAAUAAAAUGAAAAUGACUCAUGGUUUUCAAAAAAAUUUUUAUAAAUGUGGCAUAUAAUUUGUAUUCAGCCUCCCCACCUCUCCAGUUCCCCAUACACAUGAAUGUCUACUUAUUCCAAACUGGAUUGUCAUUUAUAAAAACACAGAUUUGUCCAGAUGGCACCGUUUUCAGAAAUGUUUUUAUCCAUUCGUAAAUACAGACCAGUCCUAGACAUUGUUUUUACUCUCUCCACACCUGUAAGUGGUGCUUCCAUACUCGACAUGUUUAUAAUCCAUGUUGAGUAUGCAAUAUAAACAUACAUCUCCACACAAGAUUAGUGGUAAACACAACAUAAAAAAAUAGCAAGCAACAAAAAACAAGUGGAGCCUUUUGUAUAACUUUUUGCAGUUGCUGCAGAACUUUUAAUGAAGUUCUGCAUUAAACAUGUAAUCUGCCAUUGUUGUUAUACAUAAUCCAUAUGGCAUGUGAAGUUGGGUUACUACAUCAGCAUCGUCACAGAAAAUGCAUUUUUGUCAUCCAAAUGAAUAUGUUGUGGCUAAAAUUUUAAUCUUUAACCUGCUUUUUUGAAAAACAAAAAAUAUAUUUUACCCUUCUACCCUUGUGGUGAAAAGCGGUCAAAAACAUUACACAAAAACAUCUCUUUAGCUGCAAUUACAGCUGUAAGCAUUUAAGAAUACAUCUCAACUAGUUAUUUCAAGUAAAACUGUUUUCCCCAUUCUCGGAAAAUCGUCAAAGCACAGUCAAUUUGGUUUGAUAGUAUCCAAAACAGGAUGCUACCUCUGUUGUGUUUGAUUAUGUGGGAGAAGAGUUUGCAUCAUUAGUUAUUAUAGUGACAAAAUUAAAUUUUCGGUCUCAUGUGAGCAGAACACACUUCAUCCAUGUUUAGUGUGCCCACAUGGGUCUUGGACAACCUGCAAAUUGUAGUUCUUCUGACUUUCAUGUAACAAUACUUUACUUCCAGCAACUUUUCUGUUGAGGCCAUUUUGUUUUUUUAGUGUCCGUAACUAAUAGUUGUCCUGACGAAAUCUUCUCCCUCCUUUGCUGUUCAUCUUUGUAGCUCCUCUAGUAACCUUGGGUCUCUUGACUACUUUCCUGAUUAAUGCUUUCUCUAUCUGACUUGUCAGCUUAAAUGGACAGCCAUGUAAUAAUAGGUUUGCAGUGGUGCCUUACUCUUUCCAUUUUGGAUGGUGGAUUGAACAGAGCUAAAAAUGUGUCUGAAUAUUGAGAUAUUAUUUUGUUGAACAGUUGUAUUUAUACUAAACAUAAAUUAAACACAGUAAGCUGUAGCUUUUGAUUAAAAAAUGUUUUAAAAGCAUUAUAUCAUUUUUUUCAACUCUACAAAUAUCUACUUUUAAAGUUUGUGGUUGUAAUGCAACAUAAUGUUAAACAUUUUAAUGGGCAUGAUUACUUUUGCAAGGCACUGAAAAUAUUCAGACCAUACAUGUAAAAGCCAUGAAGCUCUAUCUUGUGUGUAAAGCAGAGAAGGAGCUCUGUCUUUCCAUGUGUAACACAUCCUAACAGCCAGCCUAAGAACACAGCACUAACCCAAUAUCUGCUGAAAGCUACAGGCACAGCUACCCAGUUUACUACUAAGCAUUGUCUCGGCCCUCUGCUUCACUGUAGUAAGCUGGCUCUUGUAAGUGGCGUGUGCAUUCAUGAUGAUUAACAAUGACUGAAGUUGUAAAUGUGAGGAGUACACCAGUUAGUUGAUGGUUACUGUGGUAACCCUCUUUUUCUUUAGUAUAAAGUCCUACCAUCUUUUUUCCUCUUGUCUGUAUAUUCAAAAUUUUGUUUCUACAUUAGAAUGUUGUAAAGACACCAGUUCCUUAAAGAUCUCAUUCAUACAACUCCUACCUUUUGAAAAUGUAAACUGUUUGUACUUCCCCUGUACCCCACUCAGUCAUGGGAAAAUUAACAUUCAGCCGUGGACUAUGAUGCCGAAAUGUUUCUCUUUUUUCAGUUUUGCUUUACUUUAAUAUUGCAUAAGAUAAUUCCAGUCCAUUUCUAAAAAAGAAAAAAGAUACGUAUUAAAGGUAAACUGUAUGAGAAAAUGUUAACAAAAUAAAGUUGUUUGAAGUCAGUGUUC